GCGAACUCUGCAGGUUUGAAGAGCGGAAGAGUCAAAGACCACAGAUAACAUGAUACGAACAGAAACGAGGAUGGGUCGCUCCCUUCUCUCGCACUUUCUCGUCCUCUCACAGUCGUCUCCUCGCUUUACUCCUUCUCUAUCAUUUUCUGCGUUUGGAAGCAAUCACUCCAAGGCUCAUUCGCUCUUUCGGCUUCAUCGUUCUUCAAUUGGAAACAGUUCCCGAUGCUGUUGCAGUAUCUCCGUCACCGAACCUGCUGCUUCAGAGCGCCCUCCCAGUUCCGUCAAGCAGAGGAUAGUAUCGGGUGUUCAGCCAACAGGCUCUAUUCAUCUUGGUAAUUAUCUAGGUGCAAUAAAGAAUUGGAUUUCGCUCCAGGACACAUAUGAUACUCUCUUCUUCAUUGUGGAUCUUCAUGCGAUCACAUUACCUUAUGAUACCCAACAACUAAGUAAAGCAACAAGAAAUACAGCGGCUAUUUACUUAGCAUGUGGUAUAGAUACCUCCAAGGCUUCUGUCUUCGUUCAGUCUCAUGUCCGUGCUCAUGUAGAGCUGAUGUGGCUUCUUAGUUCAGCUGCCCCAAUUGGUUGGCUGAACAGGAUGAUUCAGUUUAAGGAGAAAUCACGCAAGGCGGGGGAUGAAAAUGUUGGCGUUGCACUUCUCACCUAUCCAGUUCUAAUGGCUUCUGAUAUUCUUCUAUAUCAGGUGGUCUCUCCAACAGGCAGCCUUUGUGUAUUAAUUUGUAAAAUUUCUAUUCAAGACCUUGUCCCUGUUGGCGAGGAUCAAAAGCAGCAUCUUGAGUUGACUCGUGAGCUGGCUGAGCGUGUUAAUUAUCUAUAUGGUGGAAGGAAGUGGAAGAAAUUAGGAGGGAGAGGCGGGAACAUUUUCAAGGUUCCUGAGCCACUUAUACCUCCAGCUGGUGCGCGGGUUAUGUCCCUCACUGAUGGUCUUUCUAAGAUGUCCAAAUCUUCUCCUUCUGACCAAUCGAGAAUCAAUCUUCUCGACUCCAAAGAUGUAAUCGUGAGCAAGAUAAAACGUUGCAAAACGGACUCAUUUUCAGGGUUGGAAUUUGACAAUCCCGAAAGACCAGAAUGCAACAAUCUUCUUACGGUUUACCAACUUGUUUCCGGAAAAACAAAAGAGGAAGUUAAGCAGGAGUGUGAAAAUAUGAAUUGGGGAACAUUUAAAAUCCUUUUAGCCGAUGCUUUGGUCGAGCAUCUCCAUCCUAUCCAGGUCCGCUACAAUGAAAUUGUAUCUGAUUCUGCUUAUUUGGAUGAAGUCCUGGCCGAAGGUGCUAGUAAAGCUUCAAGUAUUGCAGAUGUAACUCUCAAUAAUGUCUAUCAAGCUAUGGGAUUCUUUCGGAGAUGAACAGAAUCGAGUGGUCACAAAAGAUUUUCAGGGACAAACAUCAAUGCAACCACAACCUUCAAAAAAAUGGUAGCUUCCCGUUGUCUAUAAGUUUUUGUAGAUGACAAGCUAACUUAUUGUUUGUGACAGAAAGAAACUUGUGAUGCAGUUUUUAUUUAGCACUAUUGCUAUUUUUUCUGCGAUGAACUUCUUGGGCAUCAUAUACCAUGAUUAACUUAUAAGUUGGGUACCCAACGAAAAUUGCAUAUUCUUUCAUAAGCAAUUGUGGAACCAUGACAAACUGUUCCUAGUAUGAAAAACGUAUCAUGAAAGAUUGAGAGAGGGUUUGAAACUUGACAUCAUCAAUUGAGGUAAUGCCUAGGAUUGAAUUUUUCAUUCUAAAUGUUAUGGAAUUUGCCAACCUUAACAAGUUGGUAUGGAUAUGCAUGAAUCUUUAGACAAUAAUAUAUAUAUUAUUCAUUACUGCC